ACGAAUUCCGGGUCAUCGGUGUAGGUGGAAUCGGAGAAAAAAGGUCUGCCCUUUCCUUUCACCUUUGUAUCAUAUCCACUCCGCUUCCUAAUAUUUCGCGAUUCCAAUCCAUCGCCUUUUCACCGGAACAGAAGCAAUCAGCCUGAGUUCCAAGAGACUUAGAAGGCUUGAUUUCUCUGAUUCCACCAGAAUUCAAAAUGCUUCGGGUAUCGGCUAGGAGGCUGUGUGCGCUCACCUCAUCCUGGAGGCACCACCAGGCCGUCGGGUCUCCCAACCUAAUCAACCGCCACGAUUCAUAUUCCCAUCCCGAUGAUUACAGAUCCAUCGCCUCCUCCUUAUUUGCUCCUCACUUUCAUCUCCCUUCCAGAGGGUUUGCUUCUGAUUCACUCACCCCAAAAAGUGAACAAGGCAUAACUACUAAUAUUCCACCAACAGUGGCAGCUGUUAAGAACCCUACUUCUAAGAUAGUUUAUGAUGAGCACAACCAUGAGCGUUUCCCUCCAGGUGAUCCGAGCAAGAGGGCUUUUGCCUACUUUGUCCUGACAGGUGGGAGAUUUGUGUAUGCUUCUGUGAUCCGUCUCCUUAUCCUUAAGUUUGUGCUGAGCAUGUCAGCCAGUAAGGAUGUUCUUGCUCUAGCCUCUAUUGAGGUUGAUCUCUCCAGCAUUGAGCCAGGUUCCACUGUGACUGUCAAAUGGCGUGGAAAGCCAGUCUUCAUCCGGCGCCGAACUGAAGAGGAUAUCAAGCUAGCAAACAGAGUUGACAUGACAUCUCUUCGUGAUCCACAGCCGGAUUCAGAUAGGGUUAAGAACCCGGAAUGGUUAAUUGUGAUUGGAGUUUGCACACAUCUGGGUUGCAUUCCCUUGCCAAAUGCUGGUGAUUUUGGUGGAUGGUUCUGCCCAUGCCACGGUUCCCAUUAUGAUAUCUCUGGCAGGAUCCGUAAGGGGCCAGCACCAUAUAACCUGGAGGUCCCAACUUACACCUUCAUGGACGAAAACAAGUUAAUGAUUGGUUGAGAGCUGUGAUGUUAUGCCCACAAAUGGCAAAAUUAUUUAAUCUUAUUAGAUAAUGCCAAAGACUUGUUGCAGAUUUUUGCUCUGCUGCCCUUACCUUUCGGGGAUGUUUCUAUAACUGGAAGACUGUACCUGCUGCCAGUUGGUGUUGUUAUGAAUUCAGAAUAAGUUGCCAUGUUUUUGCUGAGCAAUGAUACGUACUCCUGAGACUUGUUAGUUUCGAAUAGCUGCUACUUAAUUAUUUGAAUUAGAUUUACCAAACUGUAAUUUCAUUUGGUUGUGCUCUCCUUUUCUGUUUUGCAUGACAUUCUUUUAGGACACUUGAAAAUUCAAAAAAACUAUAUACAAUAUGACUGGAACGAACAAUAUAGAAAGUUGCUUUGCAUGCAUGCAAGUCUCUCAA